GUGGGUCCGUUUCAUGCGCGCAGGCACAGACACAAAUGCAGAGAGCGCCACCAACGAGAGCUCUCCGCUGCCCACCGCGCCGUCUGUGAAGUGAAAAUGGGUAUCGAAAAGGAGAAUUACGAGACGAGUAUUAUCAUGGACGAGGACGAGUUCAACAGAUCAAUAGAACCGAUUUUGUCGAAAAAAGACAAAGUUUACGCCGCGAUCCCAGACCGAGAUCCCAAUGACAUAAAUGCGCACUUAAAGGUUGGUUUUGACGAUGUGAUCGCAGAGCCCAGUUCCAGCCACAGCUUCGACAGAGUAUGGAUAGGAAGUCACGCCGUCUUCGAACUGUUCAAAUAUGUAUUCUACCGAAUACUGACCAGCAUCCUCGCCGUUCCCAUGGCAUUUAUCAUCGGGAUAGUCUUCGGGGUCCUCAGCUGUAUUCAUAUUUGGGUGUUGAUGCCGGUGGUGCGGAGCUGUCUGAUGGCCCUGCCCUCUGUCCAGGUGGUCUGGAGCAGCCUUACAGACAUUUUUGUCACCCCCCUCUUCCACAGUAUGGGCAGGUGUCUGUCCUCUGUCCACGUCAAGGCCAUGGACAUCUGAUAGAGUCUUUCCUUCCCUGUUAUGGGGGUUAAGAAAUUAAAGGACAUCUUCACUUCUUUUUUUUCUUUUUUCUUUUUUUUACCUAUGUCUAAGUGGAAAAACAAGUAAAUAAUUUGAGGUAAACUCUUAAAAAAGUGAAGAUGUCAUUGACCUAUGUUUGCGUUGAAAUAUAUAAGCUGUUUAUAAACGACACACCGUGUGGUGGAAUUAUGGUAGAGCAUAUAAGUGCAACUGAUAAGUUACGAGCGCUCAUAAAGGGUGAUUGGGGUCAACUUCCCUUUGACAACGCCACAGCACCAUCUGAGUAAUAAGAUGAUCCAACAUGAUCAUUUAUGUCAUUUGGGAAUUUCAAGAUUCUCAUGAUAAGUCGUAAUGUCCACUGUUCAUAGAAGUGGUUAUGUGGCAUUUCUAAGCAGUUUUGAUGUAUUCUGCCAAAAGGACAAUUGUUCAGUUGUGACCAAAAUAAAUGAUUAUCAUUC